CUUCUCCUGCGCACUCUCACUCUCUCUCUUUCUCUCUCUCCUGCCAUGUUUGCCUUUUCUCUUAAAUAAUUUUGCGUUCAAAGUUGACGAUGACCACGCUCUUUCUCUGACAACUCACCAUUACAGCAUCCAUCGAUCUCUCCCAAAAGAAACAAAACAUUAUUCAAUUCAAUCCACAGUUCCCCCCUUUCCUUGUAAAUUUCACUUGAAAGCUCUCUCUCUCUCCCCCUCCAAAUUCAAACCCUUUCAUCUCUCUCUCUCUCUCUCUCUCUCUCUGGCUUUUACUGGUGUUUCAAGCUGUAAAUGCAGCUUAGUCGUCUCUCUGAUCUCAACGUCUCUCCAUGGGCAAGAAAGCAGGCUCCUCGUGGUUGACCGCUGUGAAAAGGGCCUUUCGAUCUCCCUCUAAGGACACAGAAAAGAGGAGCCUUAACCCAGAUCAAGAUGAUCAAGAAGAUUAUAAGAAAAGAGAGAAACGGCGAUGGCUUUUCCGGAAGCCCACGAACCACGAACCAGCAACAAGGUAUCAAACGCCACCGACGGCUGCUGCUAGCGGCGGUUCCUCUGGGGCUAUGACCAGUGCUUUGGAAGCUGAGGAGAGACACGCCAUUGCGGUGGCUGUGGCGACGGCUGCCGCCGCUGAGGCCGCCGUGGCCACCGCCCAAGCUGCGAUGGAGGUCGCCCGCCUCGCCAGGCCACCUUUCAGUUUCGGCCGGGAACACCAUGCCGCCAUUGUCAUUCAGACUGCAUUCAGAGGAUAUCUGGCAAGGAGAGCUCUUCGAGCGCUGAAAGGGCUGGUAAAGCUGCAAGCUUUAGUGAGAGGUCACAAUGUUCGAAAGCAAGCGAAGAUGACGCUGCGAUGCAUGCAAGCUCUGGUUCGAGUGCAGGCCCGAGUGCUUGAUCAACGCUUCAAGCAUUCUCAAGAUCAAAGCAGCCGAAAAUCAACGACGCUAAGCGACACCAAUAGCUUGUGGGAAUCUCGAUAUCUUCAAGAUCUGUCUGAUAGAAAAUCUAUGUCGAGAGAUGGAAGCAGCAUAGCUGAUGAUUGGGACGAACGCCCCCACACCAUUGAAGAGGUAAAAGCGAUGCUACAGAACAGAAAGGAAGCUGCUCUGAAGCGUGAGAAAAACCUUUCUCAAGCCUUCUCUAAACAGGCGUGGAGAAGCAGUAGCAGGAACAGAUCAUUUGGGAACGAAGAAGAGCUUGGAGAGAAGCAUUCGCCAUGGCUGGAUAGGUGGAAGCCAUGGGAGAGCAGGCCAGCAAGAGCUUCCACUGAUCACAGGGACACCAUUAAGACAGUAGAAAUCGACAGUUCACAGCCGCCUUACUCAUACUUGGCUCCCAAUUUACCAAACCAAUCCCAACAUUACCACCAGAGAUCCAAUUCGCAGUACAGUGCUUCUCCUCUGCAUAGAGCUCAUCAAACGCUGCAUCACUCGCCGGUUACGCCGUCGCCGUACAGAACGAGGCCUCUGCAAGUCCGGUCGGCGAGCCCUCAAUGUGGAAGAGAAGAGAGAAUUGGCUACAACGCAGUUCAGACACCGAGCUUGAGGUCCAAUUACUACUACAGCGGCAGUUUGCAGCAGCAGCAGCAAACGAGGGGUGGUGCAAAUGCAAUGCCCAAUUACAUGGCGGCAACAGAGUCGGCAAAGGCGAAGGCCCGGUCGCAGAGCGCACCGAGGCAGCGACCAGCGACGCCGGAGAGAGAACGGGUUGGUUUGGUCAAGAAGCGGUUAUCGUACCCAGUCCCUGACCCCUACGGCAUAGGCCAUAAUUUGAGGAGCCCGAGCUUCAAGAGCAUGAGCGGACUGCAUCUGGCCACGGAGCACCAAUCCAACUACUCUUCCUGCUGUACAGAAAGCCUUGGCGAUGAGAUCUCUGCUUCGUCCACCACUGACCUUCGGAGGUGGCUGAGGUGAUUGAUUAAAUAAUCAUCGUAUCUUUGAUCCGAUAAAAAUGAUCAAGAUAGUUGGAUCAAGACUUGAAUUUUCAAUCUCACUCUCUCGAUUCAUUAUUUCAGUGCAUUCCAUCAGACCAAAAAUCGAAGCCCAAGUAAUUAUGAUCAUUACCCAAUGUCUGACACCUGCAGGGAUUGUGAAUUGUGCCUUUUCUUUUGGCUUACUUUUCUCUUUUUUCAAGUUUUGAUUCCUUAGAUGUUUGCGCGUAGGUGCAGGUGUGGAUUUGUUCAAGUUAUUUCAUAUUAUAGCAUCUUUUGUGGUUAAGUGUAGUCACAUGCAUCCAUCUUUGUUAAGGAUAACUCUACUCCCCAUUAGCAGUAUAAUGACAGAUGAGUUCGUAGCAA